AUGUCAACUGUCAGUGAGGAUAUGAAGCGCAAGGCUUCGGAAGAAGCCGACACCCCAGAUUCCAGCAAACACCGAAGCAAGAAGGCUCGGACGGAGUCUUUCAAUGAGAUCAAGGAAGAUGUAGUUGAAAAGCCACCCCUCAAAAUCGUCCCAUACCCCGAAAAGCCCGCCGUGAUCGAAGAACGAAAUGGCGAAAUUGAAUUUCGAGUGGUGAACAAUGACGGGCAAAGGGAGAGCUUCAUCAUUCUCACCGGGUUGAAGUGCAUAUUUCAGAAACAACUCCCUAAAAUGCCGAAGGAUUAUAUCGCGCGAUUGGUCUACGAUAGGACACAUCUGUCGAUUGCCAUUGUCAAGCACCCUCUAGAAGUUGUAGGUGGAAUCACAUAUCGUCCGUUUCGAGGUCGUAAAUUCGCCGAAAUCGUCUUCUGCGCCAUUUCUUCGGAUCAGCAGGUCAAGGGAUACGGUGCACAUUUGAUGUCGCACUUAAAGGACUAUGUGAAAGCAACUUCGGACGUGAUGCAUUUCCUUACGUACGCCGACAAUUACGCUAUCGGAUACUUCAAAAAACAAGGGUUUACGAAAGAAAUCAGUCUCGACAGAUCAAUAUGGAUGGGGUAUAUCAAGGAUUACGAAGGUGGAACAAUCAUGCAGUGCACGAUGCUGCCCAAGAUCCGGUAUCUGGAGUCUGGCCGCAUGAUUCUCAAGCAAAAAGAGGCGGUGCAUGCGAAAAUUCGAGCAUUCAGCAGAUCACAUAUUGUUCACUCGCCUCCGAAAGAAUGGAAGAACGGGGUGGUAAAGAUUGACCCGCUCAGUAUUCCUGCCAUCAAGGAAUCAGGUUGGUCACCGGAUAUGGAUGAGCUCGCACGCCAACCUCGACAUGGACCCAACUACAACCAGCUGCUCCAUCUCCUCAAUGACAUGCAGAAUCAUUCUGCAGCCUGGCCAUUUGUACAGCCAGUCAACCGCGAUGAAGUCCCAGAUUACUACGAGGUGAUCAAAGAGCCUAUGGAUUUGUCAACCAUGGAGGAGAAACACGAGAAAGACUUGUAUCCUACGCCACAGGAUUUCGUCAGGGAUGCGAUGUUGAUAUUCGACAAUUGUCGAAAAUACAAUAACGAGACUACGCCAUACGCGAAGAGUGCCAAUAAACUUGAGAAGUUCAUGUGGCAGCAAAUCAAGAACAUUCCCGAGUGGUCGACCAAGGAUAUCGAACUUCACCAGUGUCAAGUUUUCGGCUUUGCAAAACAACACCCGGCGUACUUCACAAUGGCGUCGUUAACGAGCCUCGAUCUUGAGAAGCGAAAGCGCUUGCCGACCCUCUUCGAAGUGCUCAGUCGCUACACCCUCGCUCCUGUCGACCUAUUCUCAUUCUACAUUUACAUGCGAGACCAACAGCGCUCGGUUGAUUAUUUAGAUUUCUGGCUCGAUGUCUCACAGCACAUGUCUCUCUGCCGUCACUACGUCCGAGAAUUACGCCGUUCGGUCCUCGUAGCUACACCCGAAGGUGGCAGUAGACCGUCCUCAACCAUGCUCGACAAUAUUCCCGACAUUCCCACCGAAGCAGGUCCAUCGGGAUAUUAUGCUCCAUCCACCGAAAAGGAUGCAGAUUCCAGACUCUCCGCAUUCUUGCGAUCUGAGAACCCAUCGCAACCUUCGCCGCCAGUCAGUGGUCAUUCAGAGAAGCACUCGUCCGAGGAACGGCCACCGCGUCCCAGUUUCAUGAACUCCACACCCGAAACUCGAUACGACUCAUCAAAUUCUCCCGGCCAUACAGUAGCGCGAACAGACAUUCGUCGAAGCGCAGAAAAGAUUUUAUACACAUAUCUCAUCCCAGACUCGGAGCGUGAGAUCGUCCUACCCGCCGAGAUGCUGACUUCGAUUAUCGAGAUGGUGGAACACGAUGGUCGAGAUGAUCCGGAAGUCUUCGAUCAGGCCAAGGAUUACGUCUUUCAAGCAAUGGAGCGCGACGCUUUCCCAGGAUUUUUGCAGGCAAAAGCUCUUGGAAACCUUGUUCCGCUUAGUAUCCUUGCGCGUCUAGCGUUUGGAUUGAUUGUGUUUUGGGGUGCGUUUUGGGCGUCGUUUUAUGUUGUUUUGACUGAUAAGUCGAGAGCAACACGGUGCUGGGUCAUACUCCCGUUCGUGGUGGCAUCAUACUUCAUCACAACAUACCAAUACAAAAUCGACCCAUUCAUGGCUCUUCUCGGUUUCAGUGAGUAUACUUUCAUGAAUUGGCAAAGGAUUCAAGAACCAUAUGUGCGAUCUCUGCUCAAUCAGCGCGCCUUGGUGACGCUGGCAUAUACCCUUCUCAUAGCUGCUGCGUUGAGUAUACUCUUCAUUCUCGUGCCGGGUACAAUGCUGUGA